AUGCCCAUGUAUAUGGGCAAAUCAGCCAUGCCGCAGUCUGAUCCGCAAUCCUCCGACUCUCGAAUGAAGGACUCCAAUCUGGACUGUGGUGAUUUGGAAGGCACCACACUGGACAGCGGGUCAAGGGAUGGGGAGCGGCAUCGUGGAUCGAGGAGGCAUAGGAGCAAUCGGACUUCCAGUACAUUUUUCUUGGAAUCCCCUUUGACUCUAGCAAGGAGAUCAGAACCUGGCUAUAGCGGGAACAGCUUUCUGCCGCAAACUAGUCCAUCAAGCCACAGGAAAGGUAAAAGGACCAGUGAUGAAUUCGCCCUGGCGGUUCCUAAACGCCAUGCGACCAUUGAUCACAAGCACAAUAGACAAUCCGUGGGUAGUUCACCGCUGGCGACUUCGAUGACGAAUGUUUCUCCCCGUGAAGAAUCUUCCCGUGAUGGCGCCGCACAAGCCAUGUCCCCCGGUACCUCCCCAGCCUCUCCAUCCGUGCGUCCUCCGCAAUCGAUCGGGUUUGAUACAGAUCCGGCCCAGAUAGUGAACCUAGCGUUAAGCCUUAGUGAUUCGAGGAGGAGAAGUGCCUCUGGGAGAGUGGUUUCGAGCAAGGCACAGAGAUCUGCGAGAGUGCUGUCGAGAGGUGACUUAACGGGGGACAGUUAUAGGUUCCCCCAGCAAGAUAUGGUGGAUAGCCAACAUUAUGCUCCACAGGAUCAACGAAUGUCCAGCAAAAUAUCAGCCGCUCCUGGCGUUGGUCGACGCCCUUCAGGGGUUACACGCCAGCCACACUCUCAAUCCAUGGAAAGAUUUCCGGGCUCCGUCAUGACGGAUAUAGACUCGACACAAUACGAGUACAUGCCAUAUGAAAUAUCCAAUGCUACCCUCGCCAGGGCUGAGAAGACUCGAAGGCAUUUUGAACUUUUUGCCGAAUAUCUUCGUUUACUUCCGCAUCUUCCUCCUCUCCCCAGUCAAAACGAACCCUCUGGUUCCGCUGGGAAUUCAUCUGCAUCGUUUAGAAAAUCAGUCUCCCGUAACCGGGUAUAUAACCCUCUCCAAUACAUCCGUAAUCGCAAAGUAAGAUUCCGCGAGAAAUGCCCCAUUGACUCAGAGGCCGACGGAUGGGAAAACGUGGAGGCCGUACGAGGUUGGGUGGAUUUAAUUACAAGCUCGGAUGAGGCCCCGAACCACGUGCCUGAAGACUGCAUUUUGCUUCCUAAGCUAGACCCCGAUGAGAGGCCAGAUACCCGGGCGCAAGCUGCUACACCAACGCCCAGUGCUACCCGAGUUCUUAGUGGUGGGGAUAGCGGCAAGCCCCGCCGGCCACGGGUGGACUGGAUAACUUCUCCAGCGGACUUUUUGGCAGAUGCCGCAUGGCUUGAAGAGGGGUCUAAUAAGCUUAAAAUUGAAGACCGAGACGGCAAGCGACUAUUCAACCAAGACACGCCAUUGAAGCGCGUUUCUUUACAGGACUUGGAACCACCGAUUGAGCAGCCUGCACCGACAACGGGGAAAUUAGAGGAUCAACAAAUGCCACCAGCUGAGAAACUUUCGCCCCAUGAAAGUCUCCCUAGCUUCAAAUCUGCUUCCUCUCGCGCUCAUACAGGCGCGGAUCGCGGCCGUCGCGGACACAGGAUCACGAGUUCCGUCCUUCGUUCCCCUGCCGAGCCUUCCUCGAGAGAGGCGAGCAAGUCAAGAUGGCGAAAGGCAUUGUCACGUUCAUCAGAUUCGUCUAGCGAAUCUAGCGGUGACGAACACGAAAGACAUAGGGGAAGAAGACGAUUUCCACGCCUUUCCAGAAAGCCAGUUGAAAAUGAGAACUUAAACAUUCCACCACAGAAGAUCCCACAUUCGUCGGAUAAGACCCCUCAAAAACCUACACAUUCUUCUACUCUGGCUCACGGCGCCACUUACGUUCAACUUGGGGACCAUGCCACAGCCCCGGGCAGUAAAGCACAACCCCCCGUCCUACCAUUUUUGGACACCAAUGCGGGACAUGGACGGCACAUUUCGCCACCUCGCAAAGGUAUCAGAUCACCAUCACCAAGGAGCGAACGAAGACAAGAGGACAUCCCACAAUCAUCCGUUGCGACUAUUGAUGGUAGCCUUGGUUCUUUUAACGGGCCCCAAAUUCCGGACAUUACCCUCAACAUGUCGCCUCCUGUAAGUCGCCCUGUGUCGCCAAUAAAGUCUCCGGUAUUACGCCUGGUUGACCCAGGAAAACCGCUAGCGUACGAUAGAUCAAAUAGUAGUGGAUUAGGUGUUGUUGUUCCUAUAGAUCAUAGUGCUCCUGAAUUAACUCCUCACAAACAAUUGACGGUUUCUGACGCCCCCGUCUCUAACUCCGACUCUAAGCUGGCCUUAUAUAGCGAGGACAAAUCCAGACCAAGUGAUAUUUAUCAUCCUGAAAGCCCGUCGAAAGGCCAUAGGCACCAAGGCCAUCAAGAAUCAAAACUACGCGGAAUAUUCAAACCGGCACGACUGGCUGAGCUUGUGGGGAAUGAAGUUUCCAAGGUUGGUGAUUACAUUUGGAAAAAGGAUGGAUCUGGCCACUCAAGACAGUCAUCUACGGCAUCGAGCGAGGUACUUUCAGACUAUGUAGAUGCGGAUGACGACUUCGCUGAGGUAAGGCGCAAACAGAAGCCAUACUUGCCUCGUUUUCCGAUCCUAUCCGACGGUCCCAGCGGUUUGUCAAGGAAAAAUUCCAAAAAGGAUCUACCCAAGUACCACACAUCGAAUCUGCCUGUCUUCGUCUCUCCACCUAGACACGAUGACCAAAACGAAUCGCAGCCACCAUCCGAAUUCGACUCUCCCGCACAAUCUAAAAUCAGAUCACAGCCGCUCGAGAGCGAAUUAACCAAUACCUCUCAGAGUGACAGUCUGCUGAAACCAUUUAUUCCCGGCUCUGAUGCGGACGGUGAUACCUCGAGAAAGGGGAGCUUUGUUGGCUCUGUAGCAUCGAAUGACAAUGACGACCUCUACCGCCAAGUCAGUCGAGAUCGGCUUCCCGUCACAGGUCUUACAAAUCUGACCGUCACACCCACUGGCCAACGCCGUCCCACAAUUUCAGAGUCCACAAGAAAUUGGAGCAUGUCCUCCCUUAGUAUCAAUGGCCUUAACCGCAUUGACAGACGUGAAAUUUCGCGAGUGAGAGCUCAUUUGCUCUCGUCGGGAAUUAAGGCGUUGGAAAUAUGCCGUCAAACCGACACGAUACGGGAUUCUCCUCCUGUCCUCGUGGUUAGAACCGAUCCCAAGGCGGACGGCAAUGUGCCGCGCGUCCCGCGGUCUGAAGAAGUGACCACCACAGCCAGGCACCUGAUGUGCAAGUUCGACCGUGAAGUCUGCCAAGUUCAGUAUGCCAUGUCGAAAUUUUCAUCAUCGACUUCACCGGCUCUAAAGUCGCGAUUAGAUGACUUGGACUCUCUGGUCACAUCGACACUUAGCCCGCGCAUUCGCGCACUCACUGUCGAAGCUGACAAACUGACCAGCGAGCUCGCGACGACAAAUACUUUGGCAUUGAAGCAGCUCAACAACUCCCUUGACAAGGGCUUGAGGAAACGAAGACGCCGGUUUCGAUGGGUAAGCCGUGUCGGGUUUGUCAUGUUAGAAUGGGUGCUUGUCGGGGCUAUGUGGUGGUUGUGGCUAGUCGUGAUGGUCUUCAAAAUCUUUAGGGGUUUGUGGAGGGGAACUGUGUCUGGUAUUAGAUGGGUUUUAUGGAUUUAG